CCCCGGUAUCACAGGAUUGUCAAUACAUUGGCUGAAAAUAUGACAGUCUAGAUAAAACAUCACAUUGAAAAACAUGCAUUUUGGAUUAUAUAUCAGGUUUUAGCAAAAAAAGAAAUGAUAAAAGUUAUGGUAAAGCACGUACUCAUCAUAAUUGUGAUCUUGGCCAGUGUACUUCAACAACAUGCACGAGCUGAGCAAGGACAGUUUUAUGGUGGAUCAAUGAGCUACAAAAUGGACAAACAAGCCAACGGCACAAAUAUGGUGACCAUUGAGCUAAUUACAGGGUGGGUACUAGGGAAAGGUCCCUGUGGCCCAGGUUGUAGUCGUAGAGACAUAGGUAGAUCUACACGCUCUACAAGACCAUUAAUGACGAGAACAUAUUUAGACUAUCUAGGAAACUACACAUCUGACUAUGUAAACAGGAGCACCGGUAAAUGGGAAACUCGAGACAUGAAUGCGCUAGUACUUUCAACAUACAAUGAAACUGUAAUAGCCGUCAGCGAGCACGAGAAAUGGGAACAGGAUAUACUUCAUUUUAGUUUCAUAAUGCCUACUGGAACAGAAAAAUUACAUAUAAAUUUUGAUGGUGAAUAUUGGCGAAAAAAUUUUACACUACAAAGAGGAACUGUCAGAUGGCAUUUACAAACCAGGGUGUCAGCAGCUGUGCGUAGUGACACGGGAAAAACUAACCAAAGUCCUCGGUCAUUUGCAAAACCGUUCUAUAGGCAAGGAAUAAGUUUGCGGGAAUACCUUUUUGCUUGAUUUUAGUUCUCAUAUCAAAUAGCAAUUUG